AUGCCACCCGCUGGCAAAACAAAAGGGUACAGGACGGUUUAUGAUCCAGGAAUGGAACGCGGGCUCAGCGAUGAAGAGAAGAAGACACGCAAAACAAAGUUAAGGUCUUUCGGGACUGAGGCACAAUCUCCACCCCCUGAUCCUAGACUGGCUAUCGCGAACUAUACGUCCGGCGGAGCUGUAUCUGACAAAGAGGAGAACUGCAAACGGCUAUUACGAAUCGCACCUGAAACGCUGAAACCAUAUGCAUACGACAAGGCUUUGACCAUUGGACCUGGUCCACCAAGGCAAAUUGUCAUUCACGGUUUUGAUCCGUUUACUCCCGAAUCACAACUAAAGUUCUUCUUCGCAAGUUUCGGCGACAUUGCCGAGUUCCGCAACCAGACCGAUCCGAAUACCGGAAGUCUGUUGGGAAUUUGCUCUAUCAAAUACAAGGAUGGCAAGCCCGUCAAGGGUGUCUCGAUUUCGGCCGCCAGUGCCGCGAAACGCGCCGAGAAAGAGGGGCACAGACAUCGUAUUGGUUUGACUCAAGUCAAGGUCGAGCUUGAUCGCGAGGGGCGCAAAUGCAGGAAAUACAUCGAAUUCACUCUCAAGAAGGCGCGACGCGAGAUGGAGAAAGAAGCUGCACGACACGCCCCUCGCACCGUUUCGGUAGCAGCAGAGUCGCGCGGCUCCUCGACACCUGUGCCACCACCUCCACCACCACCACCUGCAGCCGCUCAAGAAACACCCCCUAUCCUAGUGAAUGCGCCCAAGGCGCCGAAAGGACCAGCGCCCAAACGAGAACGUGAGCGAGAGUUGGCUGGCGCAUCGGAACAGCCUGCAACGACCAAAGAACGCGACACCGGCCGCUCGGUCGUCGAAUCAGAGCCGAUACUGGCCAAGAUCAAACGAAAACCAUACAUUUUUAUCUCGCGUGAUAGCGUGCCUGUGUUAGGGUCCACUGUGCCACAUCUUAAGAAGAGGUUCAAGACUUUUGACUGGCGAGAAAUUCGCGUUGACAAGACAGGAUAUUUUGUCAUUUUCGACGACUCCAAGCGCGGUGAAGACGAGACAGUCAGAUGUUUCAAGGAAUGUAACAACGGUCCUAUGUUCACAUACAACAUGGCUAUGGAGUGCCAGCAGUACGGCAACCCCGACUACGUUCGCAGCCCAAGUCCCGAAACGCAGGCCGUCCAGAGCCGGCAGAAGGAGGAGACAGAUCGAUUGGAAAGGUGGGCUGCGGAAGAUCUGGAAGAAGAGAAGAAAGAAAAAGCUGCGGACCUGGACCCUGUCACGGGCGCGCUCGAACAAUUGCAACUCGAAUUGCGCAACAAGAUCAUGGACGACAUCAAGAAACGAAUCGUCAUUCCUGAACUCUACGACCGCCUCGAUCCUGCCAGACAUGCCGCGAAGCGUCGCAAGCUCGACAUUCCAGACCCGACUGACAAUGAAAACAAGCCGCCAACUCUGCUUCUGAACAAAGCCAUUGACACUUUGUCAACGGCAACUCGCACCAGAAACGGACGUCCUUUGUCCCACAGCAAGCCACUUCGCCCUCACGAUCCCAACCGUGGACGACAGAUUCCAACAAAUGUCUAUGCCGACCCACGCCGAGUUAAGAAGCGACCAGCCGUGCGUCCUGUGCACGCCCGUCCUUUACAUUACCGUUUGCAGCAUAUGGAAGACGACGAGGACGAAGACGAAUCCGACGACGACCACAGAACACCAAUGACGCGCGAUACCGAUGACCUGGAGAGCAGGCCUCUCAGUCGGGCCAGUCGUACUUCAACACCUUUCAGCGUGUCCGAGUCCAUUGACCUGCCAACACCUGCUCCGAAAAAGAGAAAGCUGGUUCACAAAGAAAGAGAGAUCAUUCCAGAGGAAGACCAGGAGAUCUUUGCGCCGCAUCACAAAGAACUCCUUGGUGACCUUAUCCACAAGAUUCCAGAACGUAUGGCCACACGCGAACUCGAGCUAGUUGUUAGCACCCUUCCUCGAGAUUCCAAGUUCGAGAUACGUGCACGCAAUGAACUUCACCUCAGGCAGCGCGCUAAAUACGACCACGAAGAGUCGCCUGCUUCAAUUGUAGAUGUCUCGAAAACAAACAGCACGACCAACGGCGACAAGCAUGCAGCCCAACCUGGAGAUCUUACCGCCAAACCCGUCAAGAAGGACGUUAAACGUAAGCGACCAAAGUCGAAGAAGCAGAUCUUCGAGGAGCGUGAAGCAGAACGGGCUGCCGCAAAGGCUACCGAAGACACUCAAAUCAUGGAACCUGGCAGCCAGGCCGACGACAGAGACAUCGAUGGCGAUAUUGACAUUGAUGCUGACAUCGACAAUGCCAAUGAGAACCUUGAAGAGGAGGAAGAGGAAGAGAGACCACAGGUCGAGUGGGCUGUGUCCACUGGUGAACCACUCAAAACCGUCCUCGAUGAUGACGAAGUCUUUUUGGAUAUUGAUGGAUGGAAACACAUUGUUAAGGAUGAGGAAGACAUGCGUUACCUUCUUCAAGCUCUGGAAGAUGAGCCUGCUGCAGACAUUGGCGACGUUACUCUAUGGGCAUGGAAGCAGAAGGAGAUCAAGGCACUCAACGCUGGUGGCUCAACUGCCGAAGCCAGGAUUCAAGGAUACUAUGUGCCAAACCUCUCGGGAUGUGCUCGCACAGAGGGCGUCAAGAAGAUCCUGGAGUCGGAAAAGUCCAAGUACUUGCCCCACCGCAUUCGCGUCCAAAAACAACGUGAGGCUCGCGAAGCCCAAGCCUUGGAGAAUCCCAAUGCUUUCGCUGCUGCUGAAGCGGCCGCCGAAGCUGCAAAGGUUGCCGCAGCUGCCAAGAUCGCAUCCGUGGCCACAUCUCGUAGCAACCGCGCUAACAACCGACGUCUGGUCAAUGACAUCAACUUGCAAAAGCAGAACCUCAUUACUACUGGUGGUGAGGCGGACGCUAUCAAGUUCAACGCCCUCAAGAAGAGAAAGAAGCAUGUCAAGUUCGAUAGAUCAGCCAUUCACGGUUGGGGUCUGUAUGCCAUGGAAAACAUUGCCUCGAACGACCUCAUUAUCGAAUAUGUCGGCGAAAAAGUACGUCAAAAGGUGGCGGAUCUUCGUGAGAUCAAAUACGACAAGCAAGGUAUCGGAAGCAGUUACCUGUUCCGCAUGGUUGACGACGAAAUCAUCGACGCCACGAAGAAGGGUGGAAUUGCUCGCUUCAUCAACCACAGCUGCACGCCCAAUUGCACGGCCAAGAUCAUCAAAGUCGAUGGCACCAGGAGAAUCGUCAUCUAUGCGCUCAAGGAUAUCGCCAAGAACGACGAGCUCACGUACGACUACAAAUUCGAGCGCGAAUACGGCAGUGACGAUCGCAUUCCCUGUCUCUGCGGCUCAGUGGGGUGCAAGGGAUUCCUGAAUUAA